AUGUGUAUUUCCUCUCUUCACAAGUUGAAGCCUGCCACUAAUCUUUUUUCAUUCUAUCCCUCUGUGCGCACUUUCCUCCAGGGCUACGCUGUGCUCUCCCAGGACUUUGGAUUCUUCCGCCGGGGAAGGGAAGACCACUACUGUGCCCUGAGAGCCUCCCUGUACCAGACGCUGGUGAGCUCUGCCCAGCUUCCCGACUGGCUGCAGCGGGAGAGUUUCUUAUUGAUCCCCGAAAAGCUUCAGUCUCGCUACGGUCUGAUUGAAGGCUGGUCGUUUCCCGACGUGUGCAAGCAGACGAGCGGGAUCAAAGACGACGUGGAUCUUUUGAGACACUACCUGAGCCUUCUCCAGAAAUGGUGGCGUGCGGCAGCAGCCUCUCCUGGGCUCGAGGGACGCAGACGUGUGUGCGAUCAGCUCUUCCAGGGCGGAGAGGACGAGUUUGGUGUCAUGGAGGCGCUCAAGCUCCUGAUGCUAACAUGCGCCGUGGAAUUGCACGACAUCAUGCAGAGAGGCAGAGACGUGCCAAUCUUCUGCUGGCUGCUAUUCUCCCGCUACACCUCCUCGUGCCCGCGCACGUUCCUGGCCAACCACCUGAGCCGGGUUGGCUUCAGUGGAGGCAUGGAGCAGGUGGAGAUGUGUCUCCUGGGUUACACACUGCACCGCACCAUCAAGGUGUACCGCCUCUACAUGGCCAACAUGAAGGACUUCAUUGUCACUCAUUACCCGGACAAUCACAUUCAGGACUGGCCCUCUGUCUGCCUGGUAACCGAGGAUGGCCGCCAUUACGACGUGGCUGUUGGCGACCCCGUCUGUCUUCGGGAGGACUUUUCUGGUGGACCUCACUGAUUGGCCAACCAGCAAUUUUGUUGCAGUUUGAUUGUUGACCCAAGUGACCAAGGUCCAAUCAUGGCCAAUUCAGGAUUCACUAUUUUACACCACCCAUGUUAAUUCGACACAUAAUUAAAAUAC